CUGUCAUUCACGCUAUGCAAAUCAGCGAAUAGAUGCGGAACACAGAGAAGGAGAGCUUAGCGGGACCGCUGCCCUUCACGGUCAUUUCAGCACAAUUUUGUACACUUUUGUGGCAUUUGUAUAUAAUUGAGGUAUACCUAUAAGCUGCGAAGAUGGCGCAGCCGGACACGAAGAAGAUAUUCUUUGAGAACCUGUCUGGAGCGGGGAAAGCCAUCGCCGUGCUGACGAGCGGAGGUGAUGCUCAAGGGAUGAAUGCUGCUGUGCGUGCCGUGGUCCGAAUGGGUUUAUACGUGGGAGCUAAAGUUUAUUUCAUUCGGGAGGGCUAUCAGGGUAUGGUGGAUGGUGGGGAGAACAUCAAGGAAGCCACAUGGGAAAGUGUGUCCAGCAUGCUCCAAGUGGGUGGGACUGUCAUUGGCAGUGCCCGCUGCAAAGAGUUCCGCACCCACGAGGGACGUCUGAAGGCAGCACUCAACUUGGUGACUCUGGGCAUCACCAACCUGUGUGUGAUUGGCGGAGACGGCAGCCUGACCGGAGCCAACCUCUUCAGGGAGGAAUGGAGUGGACUGUUGACAGAACUGGUUGAGCAAGGUUCCAUUGAGCCCCAGUCUGUUCAGACCUACUCCGCCCUUCACAUCGUCGGCAUGGUUGGCUCCAUCGAUAACGACUUCUGUGGAACGGACAUGACGAUUGGCACAGACUCCGCCCUGCACCGAAUCAUUGAGGUGGUUGAUGCCAUUAUGACGACCGCACAGAGUCACCAGAGGACGUUUGUCCUGGAAGUUAUGGGCAGACACUGCGGCUACCUGGCCCUGGUUAGCGCUCUGGCUUGUGGUGCAGACUGGGUGUUAAUCCCUGAGAUGCCUCCAGAUGACGGCUGGGAAGAGAAGAUGUGUGAGAAACUGUCUGCGAACCGAGCAGGGAUGAAACGGCUGAAUAUCAUAAUAGUAGCCGAAGGCGCCAUUGAUCGUAACAACAAGCUUAUUACUACUGACUCCAUUAAGGAUCUUGUUGUCAGAUGCUUGGGUUUCGACACGCGAGUGACAAUCCUGGGCCACGUGCAGCGAGGAGGGACCCCAUCCGCUUUCGAUCGCAUUCUGGCCAGUCGCAUGGGUGUGGAGGCCGUCCUGGCCCUGCUGGAGACCACCGCCAACACACCCGCCUGUGUGGUGUCUCUGUGUGGGAACCAGUCAGUGCGCUUGCCUCUGAUGGAGUGUGUACAGAUGACCCAGGAGGUGCAGAAGGCAAUGGAUGAAAAAAGGUUUGAGGAGGCAGUGAAGCUUCGGGGCAGGAGUUUUGAGAACAACCUGAAGACCUACAAGCUGCUGGCCCAUCGUAAGCCAGAGUCUGAACUGCCGCAGAGUAACUUCAACGUGGCGGUGUUGAACGUGGGCGCCCCCGCUGCAGGCAUGAACGCAGCUGUGCGUUCAGCUGUCAGGGUGGGCAUCACGGAGGGGCACAAGAUGUUUGCUGUCAGUGAUGGCUUCGAGGGCUUCUACAAAGGUCAGAUUAAGGAGAUCAAAUGGGCUGACGUUGGAGGCUGGACAGGACAGGGGGGGUCUCUGUUGGGAACUAAAAGAACGCUCCCCGCUAAGCAUGUUGGCAAAAUUGCUGAGCAGAUGCGAAUGCACAACAUAAACGCACUGCUCGUCAUCGGGGGCUUUGAGGCCUUCCUGUCGCUGCUGGAGUUGUUAACGGCGCGUGGGAAGUAUGACGAGUUCUGUGUGCCCAUGAUCAUGGUCCCGGCCACGGUGUCCAACAAUGUGCCGGGUUCAGACCUCAGCAUUGGCGCUGACACGGCUCUCAAUGCCAUUACGACUGCGCUUGAGAGUCUGCUGCAGCUGUACGAGGCGCGUGCUGCCUAUGAGGAGUUUUGCAUCCCGAUGUGUAUGCUGCCCGCCACCAUAAGUAACAAUGUACCUGGCACCGAUCUCAGUAUCGGUGCUGACACGGCUCUCAAUGCCAUCGUGGAGACCUGCGACCGCAUCAAGCAGUCAGCCAGCGGGACCAAGAGGCGCGUGUUCAUCAUCGAGACCAUGGGGGGCUACUGUGGCUACCUGGCUACCGUCGCUGGCCUGGCCGCUGGCGCCGACGCCGCCUACAUCUAUGAGGAGCCUUUUGACAUCAGGGACCUGCAGGCCAACGUUGAGCACUUGACAGAGAAAAUGAAGACCAGCAUUCAAAGAGGCCUGGUACUCAGGAAUGAGAACUGCAAUGACAACUACACCACAGACUUCAUCUACCAGCUGUACACGGAAGAAGGCAAAGGCGUGUUUGACUGCAGGAAGAAUGUGCUGGGACACAUGCAGCAGGGAGGAGCUCCAUCUCCAUUUGACCGCAACUUUGGAACCAAGAUCUCAGCCAAGGCCAUGCAGUGGGUGACCAAGAAGCUGCGGGAGACAUUCAGACAAGGCAGAGUGUUCGCCAACACGGAUGACACUUGCUGCUUGCUGGGGAUGCGACGCAGAGCUCUCAUCUUCCAGCCCGUGCUGCAACUCAAGGAAGACACCGACUUUGUACACAGGAUUCCCAAGGAGCAGUGGUGGUUGAAACUCCGUCCUCUCAUGAAGAUCCUGGCCAAGUACAAGACCAGCUACGACGUGUCGGACUCGGGGCAGCUGGAGCACGUGGUGCACAACCGGCCCAAAGACACCGACGCUUCCGUCGCCAUGUGAACACGUCUGGCCGCCGCCCAGUCCAUGUGGUCAUGUAGAACCUCUCUGUUGGACAGCGUUGUUGACCUUUGACCUGACCUCAGCAUUCCUAAUAACACACACACACGGGUGUUUAUUAGUGUCAUGUUCCUUUCUCCAUCGCACUUUGUCCACGUCUGCAGGGGCCUGGCCAGGCCUUCACGCAUUCAUUGCCACUGCGGUCUGGGUGUGUGCACGUGUGUGUGCGUGUGCACGUGACUGCUGCAACAUGGCUAACCUUGCAAAGCAACACCACUGCUAGCCAGGCUUCCACUGACACCUGAUAUUUAUCUUUUCAACAUGCUCUAUCUCCAUGUGGAUGAUAUCAUCAUGAUUGGCAAUAUUAUGACCUGGAUGAGGAUGGAUUAUUAAUAUUAUGACCUGGAUGAGGAUGGAUUAUUAAUAUUAUGACCUGGAUGAGGAUGGAUUAUUAAUAUGAUAACCUAGAUGAUGAUCAAUGAUCAAUAUUAUGACCUGUAUGAAGACGAAUUGUCAAUAUUAUGACCUGUAUGAUGGUCAAUUAUCAAUAUUAUGACCUGUAUGAUGAUGGAUUAUGAAUAUUAUGACUGAAUAUUAUGAUGUGUGUGCUGAUUAUGAAUAUUAUGACCUGUAUGAUGACGGAUUAUGAAUUAUUAAUGCGCUGCUCUUGUCACAUUGCACAUCAUGUUAGACGUGUCAUGUUCCCCACAUUAAAAAGGACGUGGAACCCG